AUCUUGAAUCAUCACCUGACUAUAAGGUUAAAGGCGGAACUUGAAUGUGACGAUCUGAGAUAAACCGGUGCAGGAUUACUCUGAUAGUUUUCCCUGUAGGCUGUUCACUCCUGCAUGUGUGCUUUAAUGGCACUGUUUACAGACCUGCUGUCUCGUCUGCUUACUUAGUUAACUUUUGCUUUUUCAGUCGUUUGCUUUCUAACUCGAGUCUAAUCGGCACUAUUCGGUUUCACAUCGGGUGAUUAAUCAGCACAGAUCUUUCUGUAGAGACGCUUAUUGAGAAGCAGUGGUGGAGCUCCGGAUCUCUCCUGAUGGAUUUACACGCUGUGUGCUGCUCUCUGCUUCUGCUGUCAUGUACAGGAGUAUGUUUUGGCCAAGAGCUGUUAUUACCUGAGAGAAUAAAUAAAGCAGUUGGGGAGAAUGUGGUGAUUACUCCAAUCCGUAUUCCUGAUCCCCCACAUCACCUCAUCAGAUGGAUCUGUAAUGACACCGGCAUUCUUAUUGGACCUCCUGGUGGAAUUACAAUACUGCCACCGUACACUGACAGAGUCAGUCUGAACCCCACCACUUAUGCUCUGGAGCUCAGGAGCCUGACUGAGAGUGAUACUGGACGAUAUUCUCUGAUUGUAGACACUCCUACAAGUCCUUUCACAGGUGAAACCUCACUGCAGGUGUAUGAAAAAAUAUCUGGAGCAGCACUUACUGGACCAACAGAUGAUCUAAUAGAAGAUGUUUCCUCUGCUACAUUAACCUGUAAGGCAAGUGGAAUCAUCUACAGUGCUGAAUGGAUGAAAGAUAAUCAGAAACUGUCAGCUAGCGACAGCAUCACAUUCUCGAAUGAUAACAGAUCAGUGAUGAUCAGUCCGGUGAGUAGAAGAGACAGUGGUGAAUACCAGUGUACUCUCAGCAACCCCAUCAGCUCUGACACUGCAACAUACAGAAUGAUUGUUAACUUUGGACCAGAUAAUGUGAUAAUUGAUGGGCCAGUUGAAGUGGAGGAAGGAAAUAAAUUGACACUGUCUUGCCGUACUGAAUCUACACCAAAUGCCUCGUACAAAUGGAUGUUUAAUGGGACUUUAUCUGAAGUGAAUAUAUCCGUAUUUACUGUGGAGCCGACUACCUUUAUGCACACUGGAAAUUACACCUGCAUGGCCUCCAAUCCUGUAACCGGACGUGAUGCCUCUGGAUCCCAUGUUUUGGUAGUAAAAGAGAAAGGGACUGGAGGUGGAGAUGGAGAGUCACUGUCUGCAGGAGCUAUAGCUGGGAUUGUUAUUGGGGUUUUAUUGGGUGUUGCUGGAAUUGCUGGUUUGAUUUUCUACUUUAUGAAAGCAAAAGAAGUGCCAAGAACAAACUCCAGAGGAAAUAAGCAGAAUGGAGCAACACAGAAUGCAGAUGAAAAUGAUUCAAAUUAUGAAAACAUUGACUGUUUCCAAAAUAAUAAGUCUGGAGUGACUAUGAGUGGAUCUGACACUCAGAUGCGCACACCUCAACUUGAUAAUGGAGCAAUAUAUGUAAACAUCAUGGAGGAAUCUGUCCGUAGUUAGGACUCACUCAGCUCUUUGUGGAUAAUGAGGGGUUAAAGUUUUCCAGAGGACAUACGUUGCCUGCUUUGAGAAGAGGAAGAGGAAGUUAUACUGAGAAUCAUUGACUAAACCUGGAAUAAAGUACACUGGUUAGGCCACAUGAUAGAAAAGAGUAUGCAAAGCAAUUCCACAUUUCUGACUGCCAGCUUUGAAGAAGAGAAAAACAUUGACAUGGAUUUCUGAAAUAUUUCUCAUAAUGAAUGAGUAAUAAAUAAUAAAUGAAUAACGCAUUAAUAGAAAGUUUAAAGGCUGAUCUGUUUUUACCUACUUUCUAUUUUGCUGUUUUUAUUUCUUUACUUAAUCCAGAAAACUGGCACUUCAUUUCAAGUCACAAUUAUAGAUGUAUCAAGUAAAAACAUUUAUUAUCCACAUGUGUAAUUUUGCAAUUCAAAUUAUUACAGUUUCUCUUACGCAAAGACUGGAAGAGUUUCUGUCAUAACAACACUUAUAAAAGGCAACUACAUGCAAUUAAUGCUCAGCAAUUCAAUAAUCAAUCAUUAACUUUUUCUAUAUUUAUUUCUACUUAUUAAGUUGCAUCUUUUAAAUUAAUAUAUAGCAGGCUGGAAGUGGAAAGUUUCAUUUUUUCCCCCCUAAAUAACUAGCUAGCCAAUCUUGAGGUAUGUGCGCACAGGACUAAAUAAUCAAGGUUUAGACAAAUAUUACAUGAUAAAUUAAAACGAUGUCAACAAAAAUAAAAUAUACAUGUAUUUUAGUAAAACAUUUGUACAUUAAAAGUUGAGUAAACUUCUUGGAUGAAACCAUUCUUAUUGAAACCUGCUGGAAGGAAAUGUCCACGAGCAACAAUAGAAGCUGUGAUCCUUCUACACAAGAAAACAUCAGUGACUCCACUCCUUUCAGUGUGAAUGCAGGGUAAAUCACAGCACCUACUAGGGGGCACAAAGUACUCUAAAUGACAGAAAUAUAUUACAUGUUUACUAACUAAAACAGGUAACACAAACUAGUCUAACUAAAGUUAUGUCAGUGACUGGAAAAACCUCACUGGUUAGCCAAUUAAUUACUAACCAAAGCUUAUUCUCAGAGAACAACCACAUUUGGUGCCACAGACAAGCAUCACCAAUUUAUUUAGUGUGAUUUAGUGUUCAUGUUCACAAUACAUCAUGACUCAUCACUGUCCUCGCACCAUCCUUCACAUGCCUACAAACAUACAUACAGCAAGAGAAUUUUCAUUCAUACAGCAGUGCGUGUUUAUCUUUGGGUUUUUUGCUGAACAUACUAUGGUUUGUGAAAUGUUUUGUGUGUGCUUCUGUAGACAGAAGAAUAGAUUAAAAAAAAUUAAUAAUGGUGUAUUCCAGCUUGGAUUUAAAUUUCAGAGCUGAAAUUGGUUUGUGGCAUUGAUAUACUGUAUAUACUGAGACUUGUUUGAUGUGUUAUCAUAAACUUUGCAGUGCUGAAAUCACAUCUUUAAGUGUUAUUCCAUAGCCAGGAUUUUUUCUCCCUGAAGUCUGUUCACCUGCUGUCUCAUCUGCUUACUCUGCUCACUUCCCCAGAGAUGCUUAUUGAGAAGCAGUGGUGGAGCUCUGGAUCUCUCCUGAUGGAUUUACAUGCUGUGUGCUGGACUCUGCUUCUGCUGACAUGUACAGGUUACAAAAAUGUUCUACACAGGGUCACAGGGA